UGCAAAUUACCCAACACUGGUUGGCUGCAAAUCUUGCGAAAUUUUUUGUUUAUUUUUUGUUUGCCGCCACCUCCAAUGUUUUUUCGCUGAAACUCCACCAACAGAACAGAUGAGACGAUGAAAAACCUGGGUGCCGGCAAUCCGGACGAGCUGAACAAGUCAUCGCACAGCAAGGUCAGCAAGAAGUCCACCAAAUCGCGCUCCAAGACCGCAAAAUUGGAGUUGGGCAGCAGCAAGAGCUCCUCCUCGGCAUCUCUUGCCUCUGCCGCCGCCGGUGCAGUCGCCGUUUCUGGCUCUGCCCUGGGUCUGGGCGUGGGCGCUGGCGUGGGCUUGGCAGUGGGCAAUUUGCCGGCCACGCCCACGCAUUUGAAUAUGGUAACAACGCCCACGACACCCACCUCGAGUCUGGUGAACUACAACCUGUUCGAUGCCUCGUUUUCGGUGGCAGGCGGCGGGCACGGAGCAGCGGGAAUAGCUGCCGGCGAGGCCUCAGGAAACGCCAGUCGAAUGGGUCAUCACAAGAGCUACGCUGGCUUCGAUCCGCGCAGCAUCAAGAUCUUCUGGGAGCAGCAUGACCAGACGGAUGUGGAACUGUCGCAGGAUGUAUGCGCCCGCCUGGCGGAAGAUGCCUCCUACAAGGUCUGGGAACUGAUCAACAAUGUAAAGAUCUACUCGCGGCACUCGGGCGGCGUGGUCACCUACGACCUGGUGAACGAGGUGCUCAAGGAUGCCAAUGUGCCGCCCAUGCUGGGCGCCAUGGACAGUGAGUGGGACCGCAUUGACUACGAUGGCAGCUACUACUUCCAUUCGGACAAGAUCUUCGAGCUGCGCGAGGAGUUCCAAAAGGAGAUCAGCCUGGCCAUGGCCGACGAUGUUGAUUUCCAUAGCAUCCGGCCCGUGGAGGACAGGCACGCGGAACAGCUGAAGCAGUGCGUCCAGAAUCUGGUGACGGCCGCCCUCUUUGCGGACAGCAAGUCUCAGAACGAGGCCGUGGCCCACGCCUACCAGACGCCCCUCAUGGGUUCCGUCUACCGCGUCCUGGUCAGCAAAAUGGUGCAGCUGCUGGCCUUCAAGCAGCAGGACGUACUGAGUCGGCGCUGCUGGCGGCUGCUCCGGGCCUGCAACUACAAUGCGCAUGCCAACCACAGUGCCUGUAGGCCGGAGUACUUCCACCUGGCGGAGGUGCUCGUCAGCCAGCUGAUGGCUCCCUACGAGACCAUCAAGGCGCCGCUGGAAGCUCCUCCUCCAGAGGCAGCGGCGGCGGCGGCGGAUCUCGGCCAGGCUCCGGUCAAGAUGGAGCUGGAGGAGGAGCAGCAGCAGCUCAAGCUAGAGUCGGACCAGGAGCCCCUGGAGUUCCCUGCCGAGGAGCACACUAUUUACAGCUUGCAGACGGAGGAUGAGGGCCUCACCCCCGAGCCGGAGGAGCCGCAACAGCUCUCCAGCUACUUUGCCAGUCCCGUGAGCAAUGCCCUGGUGGAUGAGCUCUGCGAAACCAUUGGCCAGCUGGCCUCCCAGAGUGGCUACCUGCAGGCAGAGUGCCUGUUCCUAAUCAUGCGUCGCCUGGCCAGAUUCUUCGAGGGUCGCGAUGUCUGCAGCGAGAGAGACUUUAAGUACAUCAGCAGAGCGGUGAGAGGACUCAUUGCCCUGGGCGAGUACGCCUUCCGUGAGUUUAUACCCUACAUCUACAAGCUACGCGUGGCGGAGAUCCCGGAGAGCCUGUGGAGGGACUUGGCUCCGGCUGCCAUUUUCCUGGGCGGACGGGAUGACAUCUACCUGUACGAGUGGCUGGAGCACGGAUGUGGAGCCGCCGCCCUCCAGCCCUUUCUGGUGCAUUAUGCGCGAGCCUACGAGAAGAUGGUAACCCGGCGUUAUGUGGGCUCAAAGGCCCCCGCUUACAGAAUCGAAUCCGUGCCCGGUGUGCGUCGCCUGGAAUGGAGCACCUUGGCGGCCGCCAUGUGCCAUGGUGAUGAUCCCAGCAAGGCCCUCAAGCCGAAGCCUACCCUUCGGGAGGCCUUCCCCGAGCUCCAGCCGCCGAAUUUGCAGCUCAACUGCGCUGGCAACAUACGUUUCAAGUUCGCCGGCUGCCGACCGAUGCUGCUCAAGCCCAAGGCCCAGGUUACGGCUGUUUCCCUGGACUCUCCUGCGUCGGCGGCAAAUGGUGGAAGUGUUGCUGCGGUGGCUGGCGGCAGUUCCUCCGACAUUCUCAUUGCCAAGCGAAAGCUAUUCAAGCCGCUGACAAAUGUGAGAAGAUGGCCGCCAACCAGUGGCUAUCACUAUCUGAGGAUCUGAUUGAUGGGAGGAAGGAGGAAGCCGGAGGGGAUCUCAAUAAAAGCAAAAACUCUAGACUUUCACUGUA